CGCCCGCGGCGAGAGGUCGAUGCGCAGCUCGUAUCGGUGUCGAUGCACAGUCGGUGUUCGUGCGCAGUCGGUGUUGAGUGCAGUGCGCAUACAGUGCCAACAUAGUGCGUGUCUGUGGGCAGGCGGCAUGCGCGAGGCGCGCGCGUCGCGGCGCCCCGCGCCUAUCUGAUCCGAUGCGCUGCGCGCUUGUCUCGCGGCCGGCGCUGCUGGUCGUUCUCGCCCUCGCCUGCAUGCUGCGCUGCGCGGCGGGGGCGGGCGUGUUCGAGCUGCAGAUCCUCGAGUUCUCCAACUACCGUCUGCAGCUAGCAUCAGGCGGGUGCUGCGGGGGCGCUGCACCAGGGGCAGCAGGCUGUGCGCGUGCCUGUCGCACUCGCUUUGCUCUGUGCCUCAAGGAAUAUCAGUCUGCUGCAGCACCAGGCGCUUGCUCAUUCGGUAGAGCAGCUUCUCCUGUGCUGGGAACGGAUUCGUUUACGCUAGCUGAUCCUCUUUACACAUUAGCGCUGCCGUUCUCUUUUAGAUGGACUCGUUCGUUUACAUUAAUUUUACAAGCCUACGAUGACUUCAAUUACACAGAUCCAGAAGAAACAGGACUUAUAGAGGAGGCAUGGUGGUCAGGUAUAGUUGAACCGGGGGAGGAAUGGCAUGCAUUACGUCACGCCGGCGCGGCCGCGGCGGUAGCUUACCGUGUCCGAGUGACUUGCCAAGCAAACUACUACAAUACUACUUGCACUACCUUCUGUCGGCCACGAGAUGACAAAUUUGGACACUAUUCCUGCUCCUCGGAAGGUGAUAAGAGAUGUCUACCCGGAUGGCAAGGAGACAACUGUGAGAAACCUGUGUGCAAGGAAGGAUGUCACCCUACGCACGGACGUUGCGAUCAUCCAGGAGAUUGCGAUUGUCGUCCGGGCUGGCGCGGCGAGCUAUGCUCUCAGUGCCAGCCGUACCCAGGCUGCAAGCACGGCUACUGCAAUGGUUCCUCCUGGGACUGCACUUGCGAUACCAACUGGGGUGGCAUCCUCUGUGAUCAAGAUCUUAAUUACUGCGGUACCCACGAGCCUUGCCAACAUGGCGGUACCUGCGAGAAUACAGCACCGGACCAGUAUCUUUGUACUUGUGCUGAGGGCUUCUCUGGAGUCGAUUGUGAAAGGGUGGACAAUCCCUGCGCGCCCCAGCCCUGCGCACAUGGUUCCUGUGCACUAGCGUCUUCACCUCCUGGGUUUGUCUGCGGCUGCGAGCCAGGAUGGACAGGGAAGCUGUGCGAUGCGGAUGUAGACGACUGUGCUAGUUCUCCGUGUAGGAAUGGCGGACUCUGUCGUGACAGGCUUAACGCUUUCUCUUGUGAAUGUACCACUGGCUGGACUGGACCUACUUGUACUGAUGAUGUCGACGAAUGCGCAGAAACUGGUGAGAAUAACACCGCAGAAGGUAACCUUGGUCCUUGUGUAAACGCGGCCGCGUGCAACAAUACAGCUGGAAGUUACGCGUGCGCUUGCCUCGCGGGGUGGACAGGGAGGGACUGCGAGGUGAACGUGGACGACUGUACGGGCCAAUGCCUCAAUGGAGCGACGUGCAUCGAUCUAGUUGACGACUUUCAUUGCGCUUGCGCAGCUGGCUACGCAGGACGGACUUGCGCGAGAGAUGUGGACGAUUGUGCCUCCCGUCCUUGUAGGAAUGGUGGCGAGUGUGUUGACCUUCUUGAUGCCUAUCGCUGUAUUUGUCCUGUUGGAUUCUCUGGAACGGAUUGUGAGGACGACAGAGACCAUUGUGCGGGGUCACCAUGUGCUAACGGAGCACCGUGUUACACAGCUCAGAGUGACUACUACUGCCACUGCGCGCCCGGCUGGACUGGCAAGAACUGCACGCAGCGUGCUGCCAGGGAUCAAGUUGACGAGUGCACCGCCAAUCCUUGCCGAAACAACGCCACUUGCAUCGCAAAGACCAACGGUUUCGCUUGUGUAUGUCGAGAAGGGUGGACAGGUGAAACUUGUUCUUUACGCUUGGAGGAACGCGAUCGCUGCGAAGGACUUUGCGCCAACGGCGGCACUUGUAUCAAAGAGCCUGGCGUUUGGAGAUGCGCUUGUCCCGCUGGGUGGGCAGGGCCAUCGUGUGAAACACCUAUAGUUCCACUAGCUCCGCCUACUGUCCCCUCUCCUAUCGCUCCGUUAGCUCCACCACCGACUACCAGCUGCGCUUGCGCACACGGAGGUUCUUGUAUCCAGGCUGCUGUGCCAUCUGGUUGGGCAUGUGUGUGCCGCGAAGGAUGGACUGGGACUAGAUGCGAGCGGGCGGUUGACGGUUGUGCUUCAACCCCCUGUCGUAACGGUGGUCGAUGCGUGGGGGGCGCCGGGUGGUGGACCUGCGAUGAAGUUCCGCUGUAA